CGAACAGCAAAUGCGCACGCGCAAUGACAUGAAUGGCCGCUGCACCUGACGGCCCACCAGGAAGUGUGGCGGACAAAUCCUCGGCCGUUAAUCCCCGCUCGGUACGGUGACCGGACAGUAGCAUGCGCAGCGGGCCGGACCGCUCCCUCUGACCGUCGGAACCGUCUCCGCUCCGGACUCGGCCUCUGGAGUCGCGCCGCUGCGCAGUGAGUGCAUGCGGGCAGAGCGCGUGGGGCUGUGCGUGUCCCCCCUCCCCGCCUGUCGGGCUCCAGACCCGCUGCUGCUGAAGCUCCGUGAGGCUCCGUGAGGCUCCGGGCUCGUCCACCCUGACUGCAAUGGGAUGCUGCGGUAGCGCGGAGAGGACAAAGAGAGAAUGGAGACCGCUGGAGGACCGGAGCUGCACGGACCUGCCCUGGUUCCUGCUCUUCACCGUCUUCUGCGUCGGGAUGGGCAGCAUCUGCGGCUUCACCAUCGUCACCGGCGGCGCCGCUCGCCUCGUCUUCGGAUAUGACAGCUACGGAAACACCUGCGGUCAACGCAACGAGCAGAUCGAAGGCGUCAGGCUGAGCGGCCUCGACCACACCGACAGGAAGUUUGUCUUCUUCCUGGAUCCCUGCAACAUCGACAUCGUUCAGAGGAAGAUCAAAUCCAUGGCUCUGUGUGUGUCUCUGUGUCCCACCGAGGAGCUGAAGACCUACCAGGAUCUGAAGAGGUUCGCCAUGCUCAACGGUUCGGAGCUGUGUUCCUACGAGUUAGCAGGUCAUAAAUAUCCCGGGCUACCCGAGAGGUUCUUGAAAUGUCCCAAACUUCCUGUUCCGCCCAGUAAGCCGCUGCCGGUGUUUAACCGCUGCACUCCGCUGGAUGUUUCCUGUUAUGCGAAGUUUGCGGAGGCCGUGGUGACGUUUGUCAGCGAUAACAGCGUCCUGCACCGACUGAUCGCCGGCGUCGCCGCCAGUAAAGAGAUCAUCAUCGGACUGUGUGUCCUCGCUCUGGUCCUCUCUAUGAUCCUCAUGGUGAUCAUUCGCUACAUCUCAGCCGUCCUCGUCUGGAUCCUCACCUCGCUGGUCGUCCUCGGAUCCCUCGCGGGGACCAGCGUCCUCUGGUGGCUCUACAUCGACCACCGGCUGUACGGGAACGACACCGCCACGAAGGUGACCAAGGAGGAGGCCAAGGAAGAGGUGGAGAUCAGCAGAGACGGCGGCCAGGCGCUGCUCGUCUACGCCGCAGCUGCCACCGUCUUCACCAUCAUCCUGCUGCUGUUGAUGCUGUUCAUGAGGAAGCGAGUCGCUCUGACCAUCGCUCUGUUCCACGUGGCGGGGAAGGUCUUCAUCCACCUGCCCCUGCUCACCCUGCAGCCCUUCGUCACCUUCCUCGCCCUCCUGCUCUUCUGGAUCUACUGGAUCCUGGUCCUGCUCUUCCUGGGCACCACAGGUAACCCGGUCCAGAACGAGGAGACGGGUCUGACGGAGUUCAGGCUGACGGGGCCUCUGCAGUACCUGACCUGGUACCACGCUGUGGGUCUGGUCUGGAUCACUGAGUUCAUCCUGGCCUGCCAGCAGAUGACUGUGGCCGGAGCCGUGGUCACUUACUACUUCACCAGGGACAAGAACCGGCUCCCGGUGACCCCGAUCCUGUCUUCAGUCCUGAGGCUGGUCAGGUAUCACCUGGGCACCGUCGCUAAGGGAUCCUUCAUCAUCACGCUGGUCAAGGUCCCCAGACUCGUCCUCAUGUACAUCCACAACCAGCUCAAAGGAAAGGAGAACGCGUGCGCUCGCUGUCUGCUGAAGACGUGUAUCUGCUGUCUGUGGUGUUUGGAGAAGUGCCUCAACUAUCUCAACCAGAAUGCAUAUGCAGCCACGGCCAUCAACAGCACCAGUUUCUGCACGUCUGCACGCGACGCCUUCGUGAUCCUGGUGGAGAACGCUCUGCGCGUCGCCACAAUCAACGCCGUCGGAGACUUUGUGCUCUUCCUGGGGAAGAUCCUGAUCGUGACGUCGACGGCGUUCGCCGGCGUCCUCCUCCUGAACUACCAGCGGGAUUACGCCGAGUGGCUGCUGCCUCUGAUCAUCGUGUGUCUCUUCUCCUUCCUGGUGGCUCACUGCUUCCUGUCCAUCUUUGAGAUCGUGGUGGACGUCCUCUUCCUCUGCUUCGCCAUCGACACCAAGUACAACGACGGCACUCCGGGGAAGGAGUUCUUCAUGGACAAAGCUCUGAUGGAGUUCGUGGAGAGCAGCCGGCGGUUAGAGCGUGCGGUGGAGCGUGGGCGGAGCCGGGUGAAGGAGGCGGUGUCGGAGGGGGCGGAGAUGAAGCCCAUGGUGAGUGACAGCGGAGGGGGCGUGGCCAGGCGGAAGAGCUCGUCGCAGGACGUGGGGGCGGGGCUGUGGGAGGAGGAGUGGGAGGAGCUUCAGGAGUUCCAGGUGUACUACCUGCUGGUGGGGGUGCUGGUUGACUGGGUGCUGACGGAGCAGAGCGACCUCGUCCUCUGUCUCAGCGAGGACGUCGUCCUCUUCCUCUGCGUCUGCCUGCCCACCUCCACCCUCUUCCUCUUUGUCAGCCUGCUGCACACGCCAAGCCCCGCCCCCUCCAGAACCAAAUCAACCGCCGUCACCGCCACUUGCUAACAGACACAUGCUAACUGAUGCAUGCUAACAGACAUGUGCUAACUGAUGCAUGUUGAUUGGAUGAACACUGAGGCAUGCUACCUUGACUCUUUCCCAUCAUCAUCAUCAUCACAGCUGCUUCGUCCUCGUCAUCGACUUUCUGCUGACGUGUCAGUUUGUGUUUUUUACUUUUGUAUCUUUUAUAUUUAAACAGUUUUCUUAACGUUUGUUUGUUUGUUGUUGUUUGUUUUUCUGUCCGGCCUUAUUUUCUCACCGCGCUGCUUUACGGACUCGGCAACAUGAUUGGGUCAUUAAUCUGAAUGAGUCCAGACCACAGAGAGACAGUGUCCGCUGGGUCCUAGCUUCCUCUGAUAAUUCACUUCAGACCAAAUCUGAGAUAAGAAACAACCUCCAGAGAAUAAAGUAUUCAGGGCUUCGGAUGCCCUCCGGCCUCGUGGUCCUUUUAAACAAGCAAAGAACAAAGUUGUUUUCUUUGUCCAAAGUAAUAAAAUGAUUCAGAGAAAACAAAGAGCAACGUUUGGGAGAAUUAACAUAAUUUUCUGUCACAGAAAUGUUUUUUUUUUUUCCUUCUGUCAUUACUCAAAUUUAUCUUCCGACCCUCAAGUUUGGAAUCCGUCUCGUAGGGAAAUGAAAUGCAAAUCACGUCUAAUAAUAUUUAUUUUAUUUAAAUGUAUAAAUAAUAAAGAGGCUCUCAGCCACCAGACCUGCUGAAAAAGACAAGAGGUCAUUUUUAAAGCUCAAAAAGCCCAGAAUAAAAAUAACCACAGCACAAACACAAAUAUUCGUUAGAGCCCGACAGAUAAAUCGGCCAAUAUGAGCUAACUGCAGAUAAAUGGGUAUCAGUGUUUAUAACCGUCGAUAAAUGAAACUAAAAAGAGAGACGGAUCCUUCAGUCAAGCUAAGUCACCUCCUUCCAAGAGUGUUGCACAGUUUGUCCAUCAGAGGGCGCUCUGGAACGCCACAACAGUCAGUUCCACUCAUAGCAAUACAAAAAGGAGGAGACAGACAGAAGCUUUUUAUUGUCAUUAUAUCUCAGAGAAUACAACAGAAUUACCAGCAAGGUAUUCAGGGCUCCAGUGUUCAGUUCAGGAGCAGAGUUUUCUGUGGGAGUUGGGAACUCCCUUUGGGCUAUUUCACUUUGCAAACCUCUUGUGGCCCGGCCACAAAAAAGAUUUAACAUAAUAAAGCAGAGGGGAGAAGCCAGAAAGCAGAAGAUGACCUCGUUAAAAGAAAAGUUGAAGAAUAUCGGAAUUUAAAACCCUCAAAUGUGAAACUCUGUUUUGGUUUUAACGAGUUCCGUUUAUCAGAGAGGAAGCAACAAACCGUAAGAAGGCGUCAACGCUUCUCAGCUGUCGUGUAAUGAAGAACAUGUGAGUUCACGACGAGACGCGUCAGUUUCCUGCCGAAGCUUCAGACGGGCUCCUUCAGUCACUUCAGAUUCCCUCAGGUGGGCCCUCCAGGGCCCGUUAAAUCCUCUGUAGGAGGUUAGGGGCCCGUUUGUGACGAUGGGAAAUAAAAGUAUAAAGUAACUUAUUAAAUAUGAAAAACACCGUUUGGUGUGGUGGUGGACUCCGGCCCCGCUCACUGCUCUGACUACCCAUGAUGCUUCACUCUCACCUGCAUCUCACUCCUAACCCCCCCCCCCAAACUCGCCUGUCACCCUUCCCCGUUUGUUUGUUUGUUUGACCGCCGUGCAGCAGCGUGAAACCUUUAACCAUCUGCGCUCGUUUCCUGUUUCAGGCUCCGGGGACGAGUUCAGCUUGACCAAAAUCAGCCAAUGGGACUUCUUAAAGCAACAGAGACAUUCCAAAUGUUUAUUUUUACCAACGUGUAACAUGUUUACUAUGGUUUCACUCCAGGGAAAACAGUAUUUUAAUAAGAAACUGUACAAACGUAACAAUGUAAUGAAGCACUUUAUACUGAAGCGCUGCAGAUUUUAAACCGGCUGAUGCAUUCUUUCGUAGCGAUGUCCUUUUUUAUAAACAAACUCACGUCUGCGCUCACACGCCACUUCCUAACACCUCCAGCUGUUCUGGUUGAUUAUUAAUGACGAGCUGCGGGUCACACCUGGACGCCAUGUUGCAUCGGGAGCUCUGUGACAUCAUCGGAGGGGCGGAGUCAUCAGCCAUUAUGCUCCAGAUCUGGUGUCGGAGGCCGAGGGGUCAAAGGUCAGACUGCUGCAGCUUCUCUCCUGCUGGUCGGCUGAUCAGGUUUCAUCUGAAUGCGAGAGACUGACGGGACGCAGAUCGAUCGACGCACCGGAUCGAUUAGUGACCGCCAGCUUAAUAUCCAGCAGACGGUGACGCCUGCUUCGGCUUCGAGCGGCCGGCUACUGGCCCGCGGGCCGGGGGUUGGGAACCGCAGCAUUAAAACACACUUCACUUCCUGUUGAUCUACACAGCAGCUGUUCUACGAGUGUGGACACCUCGCCUGACCUCAGAUCAGCUGUGUCAGGAGUUUUCAUGACCUCACAGACGCCCGCUUGCUCGCCACAACAACAAAACGUUUAUCCAGGUCACAACAUUUCAUAAAUUCUCAUCAUCGCCUCGCCGCUGUAGCUCCGUCGGAAUCACCGUCACAUCGACGCAUCAGAACCAGCUGGUCUCUCUCAGAUGGUACGCCACCCGGGUACUCACGGUACAUUUUGCCGUUUUCAGUGUGAACACGCUUGUGCACUCCAAACAGUGAGUGUGAGUACAGAAGGACAGAAAUUCUUUUUAUGCCAAGUUCUGUCAAAACCCGGCGCCUACGUCGCCCACAAUGCACCUCUGUGAUGUUGUGGCAAAAAUCACAAUCACGAUUAUUUAACAAUUACCGAUCGACGUAGGAAACGUGGUGAAUUUACUGAACUUCAUUUUUAGAAAUUAAAAACAGGACCAGAGCAGGUGAACCACUCGACGCCUCGGAAACCGCGGCGUUCUGUCUGGAAACGCAGAGACUCAAAUUAGAAAACUAUAAAUCCAGUAACACGUUAGCAGGCGGGGACGUGUGGACGUUUUACCCGCACAGAGCAGGUGAACGACGCUCAGCUCACCUGCUUUAGUGCGAGGAGAGGAAAGGCGGCUCUAACAGGCAGUUUGGGCUUUUAGGGAAAGUGCGCUGGAUUUAUGACACAAGACUAAACGAGUGUCCAGCACAAUAAUCAUUUUUUAGAAUCAGACGUUUGGGAUUAGCAGCAGCAGCUCUCCUCGUUCUGACUCAGGUGAGGACAUUUAUCGCACAGCCUCCUCUGAGACCCUGAAGGCGUCACAAGAGACUCGCUGAGGUGGAGAAUCAAUUUAAUGUACGUUAAAACGAAGAAGCGGAGCGACUUCCUUUCCAAAGACUGACGGAUUAAAAGAUGUGAUCCGGCGCCUCCGCCCGGCCGGUCGCGGUACUGCGGCCCGAGGAGCUCCUUUAUUAAAGAGUUUCUGUCCCUCGGUUUCGUUACCUUUGAUGGCGUAAAAAGAAACCUUAAAACGUUCAGAUGAAGUGUAUAACGGAGCGGGAGGUCAGAACAGGUCGAGUGUGUUCUUGUGGGUUCCUGUUAGAAGACGAGCUGCCGUGUUUUGGACUAAAAAACUCUGGAUCUGUCAGUUCUGAUUAGUUUUCCUGGAAAGUUUCCUAGACAGAACCAGAAGCGAUCAGUUGGUGGACAAAAUAUUUAAAAUAGAUUUAUAUAAAUGAUUACUGGCUUUGAAAUGGAGCAUUUCUUUCAUGGAAGUUUCUCUGCUGAUUAAUUUACCCGACUGAACUAAACUUUAAAGUGUUCUCCACCCGAUCGGCUCCGAACAACACGGCUCUUUCUUUCCAGGAAACCGUCCUGGAGGGUUUCUGUGAGAUCAUGAAAAUCCCUCUGCAGAUCUGAACACGUCAGAGUUCAGCUGGACCCGUCAAGACUUGGUCAGAGUGUAAUCAGUAAUCCAAACGGAUCAGCUGGAUCCACACGAGCAUCUUCACCCGCAGCAGGUUUUACUCGCCCGUUCGAAGCUGCUGAUCUGAACAGAAACCAAACGUGUGGAGGUUAAACCUGGUUCUGGGGUCCUGGACCCAGCUGCACCAGAUGUUCUCACGUGAAGUGUUUUCUGAGUCCAAACCUGUGACGGACGGACGAGGAUUAUUGAUCAGCAGCUGGUGCUUGUGGACGCUUAAAACCACUUUCUGAUUGGACGCUGCCACACAUGUUCUCAUGUCCGACCGGUGCGACCCGGUUCAGUCAGUCAGUCCUGGUCCUGGUGUCUAGUUUCACGGCCUUAAUGAUUUGGGUUUGUUUGUUUAACAUGUAAAUAGUUCUGUUCCUAAAUAAAGUUGUGUUCUAUCA